AUGCAAAAUUUAUCAAAAUUCAUUAUAAGGCCAUCCAGGUAUGUCUUAUGUAGGAAUCUUUAUUCUUUAAACAGAGAUCUAGGCCCAGAAAAUUUCAUCUUAAAAGGACAAGUAUUCACUCGUCGGGAUUUCGACUUGCCAAACACAAGAGGAUUAGUUUUAAAAUGCAGUUGAUUUUUGCCCAAAUUUUCCAAAAAUACACUUCCAUGUAUAGUUUAUUGUCAUGGCAAUUGUGGUAGCAGAUUAGACUCACUAGAAAUAGCUUAUAGAUUGUUGGAAUCCGACAUCUCAUUAUUUACUUUUGAUUUUGCUGGCUCUGGCCUUUCAGAAGGCAGUUAUGUAUCUCUAGGAUAUUAUGAAAGCUGGGAUUUAAAAUCAGUAAUGGACUAUAUUAGAUUAGAUUAGAUUAACGCUAGGUAUUUAAGGUCCCCACUACGUCCGAGGAAGCAUUCUACGGUUUCCCGUAUGGUGGCAGAGCGUUCACCAAGCCCGGGCCGAAACCCCCGGUUUCUCGGUAGAGGUAUUGUCAAGGGCCGUCUCAUAGAGGCUUCGCUGACCGCCUCCAUUUCCAACUUGGAUCGUCGCCUAAGUUUACGCCAACACUGCCGCGUCGUCCGCCAGAUCUGCCCAUUGAAGGGUACCUUUUAAACUGGAGAGACCCCCGUUUAGUCGUCUAACUCGCCUUCCCCUCUUUUCCGGUCAUCCCGAGAAAGAACUCAACAGCUUUCGCCAUUCGGGCGAGCCACAAAAGCAGCUUACUCCCCCCCCCCCUCCGUGAGCGAACAAAACCAUUAGAAAAAUCCCUAUUUUUUGGUCAAAAACCCACCCUCCGUGAGCGAACAAAAAAUUUUUUUACAUAUAAUUUUAUAUAUAGUUUAUUAUAUCUAUAUUUAAUACAAAUAAAGAGGAUAAUAUUGAAAAAUAAUUAUUAAGUUUGUUUGAUAUAUUAUUCAAAGGGUUAAAAAAAAGAAUACCAUAAGUGAAAAGGUUGAAUUUAACAAUUUUAAAUUUAAGACAAAAAAAUGAAUAGAAGAAAUCGAUUAGAUAAUUAACUUCUUCAUAUUAACUUGAUGGCUGAAAAUCUUUGGAUGAUUAACGCCAUAAGAACCCGUCAACUCAAAUGAUUUUCUGACAAGUUGAGGGCUUACAGCAUCUCACGCCUUUGAAGCAAUGUUUAUCAGUUGCUGGCGAUCAAGAGCUUUGAGGUUUCCAGUUCUUUUCGAUCUUCUUUCAAUCUGCUCUGUUUUGGAAUUUGAUUCUGAAAUCUGUUGUUUUUGAUUUGAAAUUUGCAAUUACCAGUGCGUCAAGUGGUUGCAAAUACUUUGUGCACCCUCCAGGGAUCACAAUUUUGGUUGCAUCUAAAUCUGAAAUUGCAUUAGAAAUCAUGAUAGUUUUAUGACUUCCAGCCUGAUCAUAAAUCAGCAGUUGGUUUUCUCGUCUCAAUAUUGUUCUGAGGUAGUCAUUAAGAAUCUGGUCAGAAAUGUAGCCAGAUUUAUUUGAUUUUAUGAUGACAUUUUCUGGAAUAUUCAGUCUUUCUCUUACAAGGUUCGGGAUCUGGCCAUUUUUCUCUUGAAAAAUGAGCAAAGCAGGCAUUUUUUCUCCAUCAGCUCUAAUCAUAAGCAUAACAGUGAUAAAAUGGUUCAUUUUAGCUGAUUGAACGCCUAGAAUUCGUUGAGUUCCCUUGAAAUCAUAAGUGAACUUGCUUUUUACAUCUCAAUCAAAUCUCGUUUCAUCGAAAUUGUAAAUGUUAGAUGGAACGAAUUGAGGAAGCAAUGACGCUAAAUCAUCUAGGUAUUGCCUGACAAGUUCUGCCUCUUUUUCGAUUGGCUUAAUGCUUGAGGCAUUGAUUUUUCUGAAAGAUAAACUAUUUCUGGUCCUAAAUCCUUGCCACCAUUUAUCUCCACAGCCGAAUCGCGCCAAUCCCAAUUCUGCCGCCAAACUUUUUGCUUUCUCCUCAAUCGUUGAUCUGAGAACCUGAAUACCUUGCUCACGGAUUGCAGUAAACCAAUGAACUAGUUCUUUCUCUAGCUCUGGAAAUUGAGUGAAGCUUUCUAAUUUUAAUUUUUUAUCAGAUUUUACUGAUUUCUUCAACUCAUCAAGCUUAUUCACCCAUUCGGAAAUCGAGCUAAAGGAGUUGACAUGAAACUUUGCAGCAACAUCUCUCAUGCUCAUCUCAUUUGGUGUUGAAUGUAAAAUUCAGCAAUUUCAACUUUCUGCCAAAUUUCAAUGUACUUUCUUUUCCCUUUGUACAUUUUUAUUAUGAUUUAUAGAGAAUUUGCUUAUUAUAUUAAAUAAGAAAAUAUAUAAAAUAUUUUAACUGAAUGCAUAUAUUUAUUACUAAUAGGUUUAUUGAUUAUUAAAUUAUUGAAAAAUUAAGCUGUGUUUUACCUUUAAUCAAAUGGUAUUCUUUUUUUUUUGGGAAAUUCCCUUACUCUCCCCCCAUAAUAUUUUUAAAAUAAUUUUCAACUUAUAAAAAAAUAUUAUUUUACAAUUAAAAAUUUAUAUAUAAUUUUUUUUAAAAAAUAAAAAUUAACCCCCCUCCGUGAGCGAACAAAAAUUUUUUGUUCGCUCACGGAGGGGGGGGGAGUUAGACAGGUAAGUCGCCCUGCCUCAUUUCGGGCACUCACUGGGCUGAGCGCUGCUGGCAAAAAGAAGUCACGAGUAACUACCCAUGGGUCUGGUCACAAAAACAGCGGCUUUUGCGCUUAGGCCUCUCGCUUCGAGGUCCCAGACGUUGUUGGGCUAACUCCUGGCUCCAAAAAAACCAUGCCCGGAUAUACAUGGGUAGUCACCACUGAGAGGGUGGGUCGGUCGCCGUCCGCCAUUUUAUGUAUAUAGUAAUGGACUAUAUAAAAGAAAGCGGGCUUGCAUCAGCAAUUGGAUUAUGGGGAAGAUCUAUGGGCGCGACUUCCAGUAUUUUAUAUGGAUCCUGUGAUCCAACCUUGGCAGUUCUUAUUUUAGAUUCUCCAUUUCUCUCACUUAAGCAAGUAGUUGAUGAUUAUCUUGGUAAAUACAAUUUCAUUCCAAAAAAAUUACUUGGAUUUUUUUGGGAUAAAAUCAAAAAUCACAUUAGGAAGAAAGCCAAUUUUGACAUUUCUGAGGUGAAUCCUGCCAAAUUCAUUUCGCAAUGUGAAAUGCCAGCGAUUUUUAUGCAUGGGAUUGAUGAUAAGUUGGUGUCAAUCAGUCAUGGCAGGAUGCUAUAUGAACUCUACAGAGGAGAGAAGUAUUUAUUAGAGCUUGGAGGUGGGCAUAACUCAACAAGAGCUCAAAAAGUGAUUGACAGAGUUAUUGAAAUCCUAGUUCAGACUUUCAGCUCGCCUCAGCUGCCUCAAGAGAUUCUUGAAGAAUCGAUUAAAACUCGGCGGGCUUCAAACAUAAUUUUUUUUCGAAAAUAG